GUGAGGAACACGGACAUAUUAGGGUGUAACACGCCGAGAAACCAUGUGGAUAGAGGAGAUCCUUCGUAGCAGAGGGUUUCUACUUUAAUGCUUUGAGACAUUUUACUGAGGCACUUGAAGCAUGGUUUACUUAAAUAUACUUUAGCAUCAUUUAAAGAGGUUUUGUUUUUGUUAAAUAAACCUACAGACUUCUAAAUCAAGCAUGGGGAAAUCGAAGACCAAAAACCAGAAGAAGGCCCGAGCCCAAGCUGUCCAUGUGGCGGAGGAUGCCUACAGAACUAUCCCCCACUCCUUUGUGUUCCAUCGGGGUCAAAUUGGGAAAAACGUGGGUCAGCUCGUCCAGGACAUGAGGAAAGUCAUGCAGCCGUACACCGCCGAGUCUCUGAAGGUACGGAAAAAGAAUCUCCUGAAGGAUUUUGUGUCCAUAGCGGGGCCUCUGGGAGUGACCCACUUCAUUAUCUUUGGCAAAACCAGCGACAGCAUCAACAUGAGACUGGCUCGUCUUCCUAAAGGCCCCAUGCUUUAUUUUAAAGUUGUAAAGUAUUCCCUUAUAAAAGAUGUGGUUUCGUCUUUGAAGAAGCACAGGAUGCAUGAGCAGCAGUUCACCCAUCAUCCACUUCUCAUCCUCAGUAACUUUGGAGUGGAUGGCAUGCAUGUGAAGCUCAUGGCCACCAUGUUCCAGAAUAUGUUUCCCUCAAUAAAUGUCCAAAAGGUAAAUCUCAACAGUAUCAAGAGGUGUGUGCUGUUUAGUUUUGACCCAGAGACUCAGGAAAUUCAGUUUCGACACUACAGCCUGAAAGUCGUCCCUGUGGGGAUGAGCCGAGGAGUAAAGAAGCUGAUGCAGGAGAAGUUCCCCAAUAUGAGCAAGUUCGAGGAUAUUGCCGAGCUGCUGGUGAAGGGAGCGAACUUGUCUGAAAGCGAAGCCGAGCAGGACGGUGAACACAAUAUAACUGAACUGCCACAGAUGUAUGCUGGAAGAGGCAACAUGCCAUCCCAGCAGAGCGCUGUCCGUUUGACAGAAAUCGGCCCUCGAAUGACUCUGCAGCUGGUAAAGAUCCAGGAAGGGAUGGGUGACGGGAACAUCAUCUACCACUCCAUGAUAUCUAAGACAGAGGAAGAGAUUCAGGAAAUCCUGAAGAGAAAGGAGGCCAAGAUGAAGGAAAAGGAGAACCGAAGGAAAACACAGGAAGAGAAUGUGGCCAAGAAGAAAGAGAAACGAGAAGAAAACAAGAAAAAGAGUCUAGAAGGCAUCAAGAAAAAACGAGCUGAAGCUGAGGAGGACAGUGAAGUGGAGGAUCCAGGGAUGCAAGAUCAGGCUGCUGCUGUUGAAUCUGAUGAUGAUGUGGAGUACUACAGACAGGCUGUGGGGGAGGAGCCAGAUGAAGAUAUGUUCCCUGGUGCUAAGAAGAGGAGACGCUCUGACAAAUCUCAGGAACGUCCCAGGAAGAGAAAACUGUCCGCUGGUAAAACCUCCAGAGAUCCAGAUUCUAAAUCACCAAAAAGAAAAAAAGCAGUAGGACAGCAGAGGGACAAAGCAGGAACCGCUCUACAGGGAAAAGGAAAAGCUUGGAAAAAGUCUAAAGAUGGAGAGAAAGCAUUCGGUAAGAAAAAAUGGCCUCCGGGGAAAGCAUUUGGUUCCAAGAAAUCUGGAGAGAGAGAAAACAAAUUUGGAAGGAAAAACUUUGAUGGAAAGAAAAACAAGGACAAGCAUUUUUCUUCAAAGGGACACAAAAGCAAACCUGGCUUCAAGAAUAAGAAGGGCGCAGGUGAAAAACAAGGUUUCAAACGGACUAAAGGGAAACGUUGAACUUUGGUUGCAGUACCUUAUAGAGGCAGCAGGGGGCAGCAAAUCUUUGCUCUGACUGCUUCAACAUUUAAGCACUCAAUUUGAGUGGAUGUUGUUGGAACAAUUUCAAAACAAUGAUUGUUUGGAAAAGUUAUUUUGUAUCAUUUGUGUUAUCCCCAGUUCUUAAAUAAACUUUUUUUUUGUAAAUAUGACACUCUAA